GGUGACGUUGAGGGAAAAAGAAUAGCUUUAGUGAGAAGAGUCGCUCGCUCGCAAACGGAGACCAAAUCGUCGCGAGUGGCGAGGGGUUGAACCUAGCCGCUCUCAUCAUCGACAGUUAAAGAACUGAACCUUUUUGGUCAGAUCUGAGAUUUAGAACGCUUCGUAAUCUCAAACCCUAACUACUCCGGUGGCCAAAGCCAACGGCGAUUCGAUGUCGAGUUUCCAAGUCGGCGGCAAGGUUGUGGACCGCGUCGAUUUGCUCAGGAAGAAGCAAUUGACGUGGCGCCUUGACGUUUGGCCUUUCGCCAUGCUUUACUGUGCGUGGCUUUCGGUUAUUCUUCCCAGCCUCGACUUUGUGGAUGCAGCGAUCGUUUUAGGCGCGCUCCUUGCGCUUCACAUCCUCGUUUGGCUCUUCACUGGUUGGUCUGUUGAUUUCAAAUGUUUCGCUCACUAUAGCAAGGCUAAAAAUAUUGACCAGGCUGAUUCCUGCAAGAUUACCCCGGCUAAGUUCUCGGGUUCUAAAGAAGUUGUGCCGCUUCAUUCUCGGAAAAGUUCUGCAGGUUCUUCAUCAGCUGUGGAUUUGGAAGAGAACUACUUUGAUUUUAGAAAACAAUGUUUUGUGUAUUCAAAGGAGAAGGGAACAUUUUGCAAGCUUUCCUACCCUACCAAAGAAACAUUUGGAUGUUACAUCAAAUGCAGUGGCCAUGGCUCUGAAGCUAAAGUUCUUGCAGCUACUGAGAAAUGGGGACGGAAUGUAUUUGAUUAUCCUCAACCAACAUUUCAGAAAUUAAUGAAAGAGCAUUGCAUGGAGCCUUUUUUCGUAUUUCAGGUUUUUUGUGUGGGGCUCUGGUGUUUGGAUGAAUAUUGGUAUUACAGUUUGUUCACUCUAUUUAUGCUCUUUAUGUUUGAGUCAACCAUGGCGAAAAGUAGAUUGAAAACUCUAACUGAGUUGAGACGUGUUAGAGUGGACAGUCAGAUCCUAAUGGUACAUCGCUGUGGCAAGUGGGUUAAACUCUCUGGUACAGACCUUUUGCCAGGGGAUGUUGUCUCCAUAGGCCGCUCUUCUAGUCAGAAUGGGGAGGAGAAGUCUGUACCAGCAGACAUGCUUAUAUUGGCUGGAAGUGUGAUUGUGAAUGAAGCUAUUCUCACAGGCGAGUCUACUCCUCAAUGGAAGAUUUCAAUUGCGGGUAGGGGUAUGGAGGAGAAAUUGUCAGCAAAGCGAGAUAAAAGCCACGUUUUGUUUGGUGGGACAAAAAUAUUGCAGCAUACCCCAGAUAAGAGUUUUCCUCUUAAAACUCCUGAUGGUGGCUGCUUGGCUGUUGUCCUGAGAACGGGUUUUGAAACAAGUCAAGGAAAGUUGAUGCGAACAAUCUUAUUCUCUACAGAAAGGGUGACUGCCAAUAGCUGGGAAAGUGGAUUAUUCAUUUUAUUCUUGGUUGUGUUUGCUCUUAUUGCUGCUGGUUAUGUGCUUGUUAAGGGGCUGGAAGAUCCCACAAGGAGCAAGUAUAAACUAAUACUAAGUUGUUCACUUAUUGUUACUUCUGUGAUACCUCCUGAGUUACCAAUGGAAUUAUCGAUAGCUGUUAAUACUUCUCUUAUUGCCCUGGCACGACGUGGGAUUUUUUGCACAGAGCCUUUUAGGAUACCAUUUGCUGGAAAGGUUGAUAUAUGUUGUUUUGACAAGACAGGGACACUUACAUCUGAUGAUAUGGAAUUUUCUGGAGUUGUUGGGUUGAAUGGAACUACAGAUUUGGAGUCUGAUACAAGUAGAGUGCCUGUACGAACAGUUGAAAUCCUGGCUUCUUGCCAUGCAUUGGUGUUUGUUGAGAAUAAGCUGGUAUGCCUCUCUGCCUGGUGUGAUUAAACUGAACCUUAGUUUUUAGGCUUGGCUAU